ACAAAACUCAUCGUUCGAGCUUCUGGUCUCAGUCUGAAAGGAAAAUUCGUGUGAAAAGGAUCCUCCGUCUCCUUUGUGUGCAUAUUUUUAGCCAGCCAGUGCAGCAGCAGCAGCAGCCAACAACCACAAGAGCUUCUCUAAGCUAGAUAUAUAGCCAAUAUAUAGCAAACAGAGAACUUUGUUGUUUUUUCAUUCAAUUGUGCAAUUUUUCAGCUGAUUUUCUUCGCGCUCCCUGCAAGGAAAAUCAUCACCACCAACCAAAAUAGAAAUCAGUGUGCAAUUUUAACUGUACAUUCGCAACUAACAGUGUGAUUUCUCGAUUGUUUGCAAUAAACCCCGUAAGUGACGACGAGUGAGGAUCGAUUCCUUUCGGACCCAUCGACUGAAAGUGUUUUGAGAAGAAAAAAGCAACUUCCGUUCUGUCCAAGAGUUUUUCCUUUCUGUCGAGAAAAAGGAAAACUUUUCGCUGCCAUCAAGAACAGAACCAAGAGCAAAGUAACUGUUAAGUAACUACCUAGUGAGUGCAAACCGUUUUCAAGCAAUCUUCAAUUCUAAAGCGACUGUGAAAAAUUUCCAAGUAACAAAAGAAGUGGAAAAACUCAUCCCUUUGGUGUGAAAAGCAAAAGUCCUUAAGCGAAGAAAAAAGAGCAAAACCUCUCAACUUUUCCCUUCGCGUCCGCGCAAAGUUCGCUUAAAUGAGUGAUACAAAUCAGAAAUGUUUCGGCAAAACUGGUGGAUUCUCUAUAAAUUUUAAUCAAGACUAUACAUCGCUCUCCGUGGUAUCCGAGCAAGGAUAUCGAUUGUUUUCACUGUCAUCCGUCGAUCGUGUGGACGAAAUCUUCUGUAGCCAUGACGAGGAUACACGAAUCGCUGAGCGGUUGUUCAGCAGCAGCCUGGUCGCGGUCGUUACCGCAAGUGAGCCGCACAAACUUAAGGUGUGUCACUUUAAGAAAGGGACGGAGAUCUGCAACUACAGCUACCCGAAGGAUAUCAUGUCGGUGAAACUGAACCGAUCGAGGCUAGUAGUAUGCCUGGAGGACAGUAUUUAUAUUCAUAACAUCCGUGAUAUGAGACUGCUACAUUCCAUCAAGAACAUGUCGAACAACCCGGUCGGCCUGUGUACGCUGUCGCUCUCGUCGCACCUGGCGUACCCGAUCUCGUCGGCGACCGGCGAGCUGCAGAUCUUCGACGCCGGCAAUCUGACGUCCCGGCUGAAGAUCAAGGCGCACGAUUCGCAACUGUCGGCGAUGAACUUCUCCUUCAACGGGACGCUGCUGGCUACGGCGUCCGAGAAGGGCACCGUGAUUCGCGUGUUCUGCGUGAAGAACGGCCAGAAAGUGCACGAGUUCCGACGAGGUCUCAAGCGCCACGUUAGCAUCGGAUCGCUGAAUUUCAGCAUCUGUGCGAGCUACGUUGUCGCUAGUUCGAACACGGAAACCGUACAUAUCUUCAGAAUCGAUCCGAAGUCAAUCGAACAGGCGGAACGUCGCAACUGUAUCGACAACGGAUCUUCGACUACUACCAACACUAGUAGCAGCAGCAAUAAUAAUAACGACGGAGAGUCGCAGAAUGGAAGCGACGGGGAGAAGGCGGUGGCGGAUGACGCUUCGAACGGUGGAUGGGGCAUGGGCUUCAUCGCUAAAGCCGUCACGGCGUACUUCCCGACCAAUGUGGUGGCGGAUGUGUUUUCGCAGGAUCGAGCCUAUGCUACAGUUCAGCUGGCCGAAGCGGGACUCCGCUACGAGUGUGUCAUCGCCAAGGUGGAGAAGGAGACGCGCCUGCUGUUGGCGUGCGAGGACGGGUUCCUCUACUUGUACGAUUUUGACGAUUCGAAGGGCGGAGAGUGCAAGCUGAUCCGGGCGCACGAUCUGCGUAUGCCACUGCAUGGAAUUACAGAAGUUGACAUCGGUGGCAACGAGAACGACACCUCCGUCCUGAAUGUGACGAUGACUAACUCGAUGAUACCGGCGCCGGGCACCUACGCCGGGGUCCUCAAGGGACGCCCCGGAGACCGAAUGUCAGCAGAUUCGGAUCGCUGCCGUGAUUUGCGCGAAGCAGUCGAGUACCCGAUCAAGAACACCAUCCCGCUGUUCGACGACAUGCAGUUCCCGCCGGUUACCCCCAUCACCGUCGAAUGACUAUCCGGCGACGUCCGGACGCCGAAGAUCAGCUCCAUUGGUGGCGGUGGCAAGAAGCGUCACGCCAAGUAGGUGGGCUGAGUGGGCGGAGCAGUACCCAAUAUAACACAUACAUACGAGGAACAACCACACAGCUUCGUGUUUCGAGUUUUUUCAUUUCUACGUUUCUGAAUGUACAGCUCUGAAGAUGUGUAUCUCUCUGUUAUUGCUUUUAAAUAUGAUCAUAAAGGUUUUUUUUUCGUCUGUUAAGGUAAUGUUUAUGUCUAGUAACUGUAAGUCCCAUAUUUUCUGACUAUUUUGAUAAGCAAGAAUUCUAUUGGCAUUUGAGUAAUAAUGUGAGUGUGACUUGCCUAUAUGAUUUAAGCAGUCAUUCGUUGUUUUCGAAAUUUGUAAGAAAAAAAUAUUUACAAAAAUUGUGACAAAAAAUCUCAUGUCUCUGUUGCUAAAACUAUGAAACAGGUCGUAGCGUUAAAACAAGCAAUAGUAUUGACGGCAAGUCAGGUAAAAUUAAUUUAGAGUGUAAACGCCAUCACCCUUCAUACAGUUUUAUGACAUUUUCCAUAGAAUUUCAUCGAAGCUUCUUAUCCUUAUUUUCUAAAUACAAAAAAAAAACAAACUUAUAACUACUUAUUAACAUCAUCGGAAUGGCAGAAAAGCGAACAUGAAGUGAGUAAAGAACCGAGAAAAAACGCUUUCAGCUACUGCCAUAAGACGAUAAGUACUAGUACUAGUAGUGAAUUGCGAAAAACCUGAAAAAAUGAUACCAAAAACAGUAUAAAAAAUCGUCGUGUAAAAAUCUACAAAAAAUACUCAAGCUGUUAAGUUAAUUUUAAGUUUCCCACAACAACGUUGUAAAGUAUACAGAGAGAUGAUAAAAAAAUAUAUUUUCUUAUUUAUUAUUUUA